ACCACCUCUUCUUUCGGACAGGACUCGUGUUUGCCAGUUUUUCCUUGGAAUUAAAUCUUUCCAGCUUCAGGGUGCCGACCUAAGUCAAGAGUACAGGGGAGACUUUGUGGUCUGCUGCAGGACUGAAGCUACAAGUAGCUCAACUUUCUACUGGGCAGUGCAACUCACCAAACAGUGGAUGCUACACUUCAUAGCUCUGCUCUUUUUACUGGAUACAAUGGCAUCAACAACAUCAUCUUCAUCACCACCACUGUCUCUGGCCAAAGCUAACAGCACCUUCUCUCUGGAUCUGUUGAAACAGCUGAGUGAUGAAGACAAAAAGGCAAAUAUCUUCUGCUCCCCAUUCAGCAUCACUUCAGCUCUGGCCAUGGUGAUGCUGGGGACGAGAGGCUCUACGGCUGCACAGAUAUCAGAGGUUCUGGGCUUCACUGAGGGAGAUCAACCCAAGGAGGAAGGAGAGCCACCCAAGGAGGAGGGAGAGCAACCCAAGGAGGAGGGAGAUCAACCCAAGGAGGAGGGAGAUCAACCUAAGGAGGAGGGAGAUCAACCAAUGGAACAAGAGCAGACACAGAUGAGAGUGCAGAUGAGGUACCCAACUCGAUGCCAGAUGCAGAUGCAGCAGCGGAUGAAGAUGCAGCUACAGCAGGCCAGCAGGCUGCCACCUUACCUACGCCAGUGCCUCAAACCUCAGACUGGAGAUGAUGGAGUCCAUGCUAAAUUAGGCCAGCUGCUGAAAGAUCUCAAUAAGGAAAACGCUGCGUAUGCCAUCAGUCUCGCCAACAGGCUCUAUGGGGAGCAGACCUACCACUUUAAAAAUGAUUACCUUUUAAAAACAAAAAAACAUUACAGCGCUGAGCUGGAGUGUGUGGACUUUAAAGCCAAGGCUGAGGAGGCUCGAGCCACAAUCAACCGCUGGGUGGAUGACAAGACAAAAGGUAAAAUCAAAGAACUGCUGCAGGAGGGUGUGGUGGAUGGCUCAACAGUACUGGUGCUGGUCAAUGCCAUCUACUUCAAGGGGAAAUGGGCCCAAAAGUUCAAUGAGAGUGACACUGCUGAAGAACAGUUUAGAAUAACCAAGAAUGAAGCUAAAGCGGUGAAAAUGAUGCGCCAGAAGAGCAAAUUCUCUUUCAGGGCUAUUCCUGAGGCCAAAAUCAAGGUUCUGGAGAUGCCCUACGAGGGGGGCGACAUCAGCAUGAUUAUCCUCCUGCCUGAUGAUAUCAUGGAUGACAGCACAGGCCUGGAGACGCUAGAGAAGACGCUGACCCAUCAGAACUUUGUGGAUUGGACACGUCCAGACAUGAUGAACAUGGAGGAGGUGACUGUGAAGCUUCCUCGUUUUAAUCUGGAGGAGAGUUACAACCUGAAUGAAGUGCUAAAGAAGAUGGGCAUGGUGGACGUUUUUGACGUCUCAAAGAGUGACUUCUCUGGUAUGUCUCUUGCCAACAACCUGGUCCUGUCCAAAGUCAUCCACAAGGCGAAUGUGGAAGUGACUGAGGAGGGGACGGAGGCGACUGCAGCAACUGGGGCUGUCGUUGCUGAGCGCGCUGCAGAACUCUCAUCUGAAUUUUUUGCAGACCACCCCUUCCUCUUUUUUAUCAAGCACAUCCCCUCCAAGACCAUCCUCUUUUCAGGUCGAUUCUGCAACCCAGAGUAAACACGCCUGCAUGUCCUGCAGACACGGACAGACGUGUCAAAGGUCGCCCAUCUGUCAUAAACAACAACAGCGCCUCUACUUUUCAUUCUUAAUUUUUUGUUGUUUUGGGUAAAUGUUGGUGAUGAUUGUAUCUCUAUUUGUGAUUUUGAAGCCAUAUUAUCCCUUAUGGAUUGUUUUGUAUAUUUUCCCAGCUGUUUUUGUAAUCUGUUUUCUUUUAUGGCUAUCUCAGGUCUUUUGGAUGAUUUUUUUUUUGCAGUAGGCCAUUUUUGUGUCUUUUUUGUUGUUGUUGUGUUGGAAUGGUUUUGCAUUUUUCUUGUCUUUACUUGGUUUUCUAGUAUAUUUUUGUGGUUUCAUAUCAUUUGCAUGCCCCCUUUAAUUGUUUUGUGUCUGUGCUUUGUCAUUUUUAUCCCUUAUUUUUCGAGUUGCAUCUAUAGAGCUUAUCAUGUCUUCAUUUCAUUGGGCCUCAUUCAUCAAUACCUUCCCAAGAUUUCUUAAAUUUGAGAAACCUACGUGUAAUACACAUUCAAUACACAUUGUUCAACUACGGAAUUGUUUGCACCUAUGUUCUCAAAUGAAUGAAUGCCAUGCAAUCGUAAGCUGGAGGGAUGUGCAUAGAGUAACACCCCAUUUAUGCCCGUAAUAGGGCAUGAGAGUGCAGGGCAGUGUGCAGACACAGAAGGCACACAGGAGUGAAAGGAAAAGUGAGUUAUAAAAGCAUUUGAAUGCCUGUGAAGAUAGGUUUUGAUGUUUAAAUAAGUUUCUAAUGAUAUUACUCAGAAACAUGCUAAAUUUAAGUUAACAUCAAACACUGCAUGUUUGAAUUAGUACUUGACCAUACUUACAUCAUUUGUGCUUAUUAUUUACUUUAUACUUACAGACCCAUAGGUUUGUAUCUGCACAAAGACAAAAGAAAAAAAAUAUAACACAAAACAACAACUAAAGAAAUGAUUCUAAGUGCAUUGUCAUACGCUACUUGUCGCUUUUUCAUUACUGCUUUACUGUAGUGGCACCAUUUGUGAGCAGUGUAAAGUAGAGUACAGUCAGCUCUAGAAAGCACCAUUUUAACAUUGUCUGUACACAUUUCAAAUUUGAAUGCCUGAGGAUUAGCUUGUGCAUAUAAUUUACAGCAUUGAUGCUGAACAUAGUCAUCGUCACCCAAGUCAUUCCUGAUAAUGUGCCUCAGAUAUUUGUCUUUGUUCACCACGCUGAAGGCCUGAUCAGAGAUAAAGAAACUGGAGCAGAUUCUGAGAAGUUGCUGACAGCCUGUGCUGUAAGGUGACAGGAGGACCAAGUUAUCAGCAUAUGUCAGAUGCUAAUUCAUACAAUUGACUUUAAGUGUUGAACUAAUGAAACUCUGUAAAAAAAAUUCAAAAAAAAAAAGAAUUACAAAUUAUUUUCAUUGUGUCAUUCUUAGUCUAACAUAUCUGAGUGCUGGUGAGUACAAAACUAAAUAUUUUAUCCUGUCAUAUCAGAACUCAAAUGUUCAUAAGAGUGCUCUCGAGUAUUCUUGGAUUUUGUUCUUAACUAAAGACUAAUCAGUGGUGAAUGAGUGAAUGAGGCCUAUUGUUUUGUGUUCCUUUAUCCUUAUGAGAUCCUGCGUUUAAAUGUGAGGAUUUUAAUUUUGCUUUCCUACAACAUACUUAUUAUUCUGCAAUUACAACUGAAAAUAAUUUAAUAAUUUCCAUAGAAGAUCAAAUAUUUUCCCUGGAAUGUUGGGAGAAUUUGAUUUGAAAUUUUCAGAAAUUUUUAAGAAACUUUUUGGAGAUAUGUUUUAUAUUUUGGCAAGUUUGAUUUAUGUUUGGGGAAGAUUUGCUUUAAAAUAUGAACAUACUUUCUAUUUAUUUGUAAAUUUGAGGGGUUUGUUUUGUUGAAAAAUUAGGGGGGAACUUCCUUUGGAAUUUUUCCUGAUUUUUUUUAGGAAAUGUACGAGAAUUUGGAUGUUUUGGGAAAUUUGUUUAGAGAUUUUUUUAGUUUUCUCUAUGAAACUUUGGGGGUAACUGUUAGCAAAUUUUAGGUGUUUUGUUUUAAAAUUCGGGGUGUAUUUUCUGUGAAAUUUUCCUGAAUUUUGUGGAAAUGUUAGGGAACUGUUUAGAUGUUUGCUGAAAAAUAAUCCAUCAUUUUCUAUGAAAUUAAAGGUUAAUUUAUUUUUUUACAUUUUGAAGAAUUUGAUUAGAAAUGUCGAGUGAUAUUAGCUUUAAGAUUUGGAGAGUUUGCUUGAUUUUUUUCUGGAAAUGUCAUUAAAUCUUUCAGGAGAAAUUUUUAAUAAUCUUUAGGCUUUUCUAAAAGUUUCACUGAAACAUUUGGGGAACAUUUAAGGAUUUUUUUUUAUAUUCUGGGAUUUUAAAAGACUUCUAAAGGAAUUUUCACUAUAUGUUUGGUAAUGUCCUGGAAUUUUUUUUUCAUAUGUUUUGGAAAUGUAAUGAUUGUAAAGGAGAUGUUCCAAGACCUCCAGACCUCAAGGAAAACAAACAAACAAAAGCUCAGUUCUAAGGAAAUUUUAGUUGUUUUGUACCUUUUCUAAUUGUUUUUAUCGGGAUAUUUCCAUUCCUUUGUGGCCUUUUCAUGACUCUCGUCCUUGCAGUAUUCCGUCCAUGCCUGCAGAGCAUUGUGGUUGAACCAGGUGUUUGGAUAAAGCUGCUGUAGCUAAUAGCAUACAUAAUUGUUGGAAACAAUUGCUCCCACACUAUUGUAGUUUUCAUUUCUGUCACAUUUUCAAAAUUAAUAUUUUUAAAAUAAAGAUAGAAAUGAUGAAACUUUUGAAUAUGACGGAUAAUUUAGUCUUAUUUAAAUCUUUUGCGUGGGAGUAUUUUGCACACUUUAAUCCUGGUUUUUGACCCUGGUUAGAAACAGGCACAUAUAUUGUGUUUUCUUUGCUUCCAUGUCCACCAUGUUAGUUCAUUAUCUAUUUCCUGCACUGCUUCCUGUUGGGUAUCCUGCUCAAAUUCUUUUUAUCUGUAGUCAUUGUCCACACUCAACCUUCGUAUCAAUUCAUGAUCAGCCACAAACAAAGCUUUUGCACUUGUUCCCCUUUUACUCAGAGUGUUUCUGGGUUUUG